AAGAGAAUCGGACAGCAAGCGAUCACUUAAAAAGUUUUCAACAGCUGUUUAUUAUUGUUUUUUGUUAUUUUUAUUAAAAAGAAUUAUUGAUAAGAUUAUAGAAAAUAUAGAAAAAAAAAAACAAAAGAUCGCCACAAACUUAGUAGUUUGUAAUGUGAAAAUGUUGUAAAAAAAAAAAUAUUUAAAUAAAACAAAUUUAAACUACUCCAUUAAUCUAUUAAAUAACAAAACCCUGGUGGUGAAAAAAAAAGGUGAUCUAAAGUGCUUUACAGGUGAUUUAAAAAAUACAUAAAGAUGUCGGAGCAGCGACGUGUACUAUGCGUGGGUAUGUGUGUUUUAGAUAUUAUACAUUUAUGUGCUGAAUAUCCCCAGGAAGAUACCGAUAAACGUUGCCUAGAUGGCUAUUGGCAAAGAGGUGGUAAUGCCUCCAACAACUGUACUGUUCUCAGUAAACUAGGGGCAAAGUGUGAAUUCCUAGGAAUGACUUCUUCAGCGCCGGCUUUUCAAUUUCUCUACGAAGAUUGUAAACAAAGAAAUAUAGUAAUACAAAACUGUCCUAAGACCACAAUGAAUCCUCCUUUUUCUAGUGUAUUACUAGUAAAAAGUAAAGGUACACGCACUAUAGUUCACGCAAAUACCGGAUUUCCCAUUUUAAAAUAUGAAGAAUUUAAGAAAAUAAAUUUACAUGACUAUAGCUGGAUUCAUUUUGAGGGACGUAAUGUGGAAGAAACUAAAGAAAUGAUUGAAAUGAUAAGAGAAUACAAUGAGAAACACAAAGAAAAUCGAAUAAAAAUAUCGGUAGAAUUGGAAAAACUUAAUAAAGAUUUAUACAUAUUAGCCAUGCGCUCAGAUUUGGUAUUUGUGGGUAAAGAUAUAGCCCACCACAUGGGCUGGUCUACGGCUAAAGAGGCUGUUUAUAAUUCUCAGAAAAUUAUUAACGAUAUGAAGUCUACAGAAUCAGGGAGAAGUUGGCCUUUACAACAGAUUAUUUGCCCGUGGGGUUCUGAGUGUGCGGAUGCUUUGGAUGUUGCUACUAAUGAAUAUUUUUCUUUGCCUGCUGUUUCAGUGAAGAGUAUAGUUGAUUCUUUGGGUGCUGGCGAUACAUUUGUGGCUGCAGUUAUUUAUGCUUUAAAUAUGCAAAAGAACUUAAAGCAGGCUGUGGAAUAUGGCAAUCAAGUGGCUGCAUUUAUAAAUACAGCACGAGGUUAUGAUUGUGUGGAGAAUUUUAAAUUGUGAAUUUAAAUUAAUUUUGUUUUAUUUGUAUAUUUUAAGUGAAAAUAAAGAGAAAUUGUUGUUUUUAGGAAAUUUUGUAAAUGGGAA